GAGCCUGCUCACGUGUCCCUCCCUUGCAGGAACUGGCCAAGUACGAGGACAUGGAGGAUCAAGUGGUGCUGACUGAGAAAGAGCUGCUUGAGGAUGGUUUCGGUGAGCACCCUUUCUACCACUGUCUGGUUGCAGAAGUGCCAAAAGACCAGUGGUCGUCUGAAGAACACUGCAUUGUGGGCUUUGCCAUGUAUUACUUCACUUAUGAUCCAUGGAUUGGAAAACUGCUGUAUCUUGAAGAUUUUUAUGUGAUGGCUGAGUAUAGGGGACUUGGCAUUGGGUCGGAAAUUCUGAAGAACUUGAGUCAGCUGGCUGUGAAGUGCCGUUGCAGCAGUAUGCACUUCCUCGUUGCGGAGUGGAACGAACCAUCCAUCAGGUUCUAUAAGAGAAGGGGUGCGUCUGAUCUGUCCACCGAGGAGGGGUGGAGGCUCUUCAAAAUUGACAAAGAAUAUCUCUUGAAGAUGGCGUCAGAAGAGUGAGAGAUUAUUCCAGCAAAUAAAUUCUUUCUGCGAAUAUA